AUGACCCGAGCUCUCCGUAUUGCCGUUCUCGAAUGCGACACCCCCAUUCCGCCCGUCAAGGAGCGACUCGGGGGCUAUGGGGACAUCUUCACGCGCCUGCUGAACCAGGGUCUACAGUCGUCUAACAACUCCACUAUCAAGAUCCAGGAGAUCAGCAGGUGGCACGUUGUAGACAACCCGGUUUACCCCAACCCAAAUGAGUACGAUGCUUUGCUCCUCUCUGGAAGCAGUAUGUGUCUCCCCGCUCCGCAAGAGGGUCCGCUAGCUAAGAGGUUCAAGAACAUGAUUCCUUUGUCGACGAUCCCUGGGUCGUGA